ACUCAGCAGCUGAACCUCUCCCGGCGCUGCCCAGAGCCGCGCUUCUCUGCCGGGCGUCUCUGCCGGCACCGCCGGGCUCUCGGUCUGCACCGUGCCCAGCGGACGUCUGCGAGGCUCCGAGCCGGCCGGGCGGGGAGGCUGAGGAGCAGCUCUCCGCUCCCUCGCUGGGAAGGUAGAUCCAAGAUCCAAGUGACCGAGCUCGGAACAACUCCGCGUGUUUGAGUUAAUUCAAUCACAACAUAAAAUACACUGCAUUGGAUAUAAAAAUGACAAAAAACUGGAUCACAUUUUUGCUGUUCUUCUUCUCAGUUACUUUGUUGUUUGCCACUGCUAUUCCAUCUGAAGGCCAUCAGAAUAUGACAGAGGACUCUGGUCAACUGACUGUUACACGGAAUAAAAUUAUGACAGCACAGUAUGAAUGCUACCAGAAAAUUAUGCAAGAUCCUAUUCAUAGGAAAGAAGGUCCUUACUGUAACAGGACAUGGGAUGGCUGGUUGUGCUGGAGUGAUGUUGCUGCAGGAACUGUAUCAGUACAGCAUUGUCCUGACUACUUCCAAGAUUUCAAUCCGUCAGAAAAAGUUACAAAGAUCUGUGAUUCAAGUGGGAACUGGUUUAGACACCCAGAAAGCAACAGGACAUGGACGAACUACACCCAGUGUAACAUCUAUACGCAUGAAAAAGUGAAGACUGCUCUGAAUUUGUAUUAUUUGGCCAUCAUAGGACAUGGUCUUUCAAUUACCUCACUUCUGAUUUCUCUUGGUAUAUUCUUUUACUUUAAGAGCUUGAGUUGCCAAAGGAUUACCCUACAUAAAAAUCUCUUUUUCUCUUUUGUUUGCAACUCUGUUGUAACAAUAAUUUCACUGACUGCAAUUGCCAACAAUCAGAAGUUAGUUGCAGCUAAUCCGAUUAGCUGCAAAGUGGCGAUGUUUAUCUACCAGUACCUAAUGGGUUGCAACUACUUCUGGAUGCUAUGUGAAGGCAUUCACCUGCAUACUCUUAUUGUGGUGGCCGUUUUUGCUGACAAACAGCACUUGAUGUGGUAUUACCUUCUUGGCUGGGGUUUUCCACUGAUCCCUGCCUCCAUACACGCUGUUGCUAGAAGCUUGUAUUAUAAUGACAACUGUUGGAUCAGCUCUGAUACUCAUCUGCUCUACAUCAUCCAUGGCCCUAUUUGUGCUGCCCUAUUGGUGAAUCUUUUCUUCCUGUUAAAUAUCGUUCGUGUACUCAUAACUAAGCUGAAAGACACCCACAAGGCAGAGUCCAACCUGUACAUGAAAGCAGUGCGAGCUACCCUCAUUCUGGUUCCCCUGCUUGGCAUUGAAUUUGUGCUGUUUCCAUGGCGACCGGAAGGUCGAAUCACUGAGGAAGUCUAUGAGUAUGUGAUGCACAUCCUUAUGCAUUACCAGGGUCUACUGGUAGCUACAAUUUUCUGCUUCUUCAAUGGAGAGGUCCAAGCUGUUUUGCGAAGACACUGGAAUCAGUACAAAAUCCAGUUUGAGCACAGCUUCAGCCACUCAGAUGCUAUGCGCACUGUUUCCUAUACAGUAUCGACAAUCAGUGAUGGUCCAGGCUACAACUACAAUCACGACUGCACCAGCGAACAUUUAAAUGGCAAGGGCUAUCAUGACAUGACAGUGUAGUUCUAAAAAAUGAAAAGCUAUAUGAUUGACUAAAAAGACUCUGCAUAUGCCAGUGUUCACCCUCACAGUUUAUGAACUCGAAGUUUGAUUUGAUGACUUAACGGCCAGAAGAUUCUAUCUAACUUGGGAGUAUGAUUUUCUCCUGAAUGAUGCAAACUGAACCAACACAUUUUUGUAUGUAUAUAUACAUGUGUUUGUGUUUGUCUAUUAAUAGAGUAUGGACAUCCAUACAUAUAUCUAUCUACUUAGCUAUAUAUGUAUGUGCAUUUACAUAAGCAUACAAACGUUGCCUCUUCAGUUUCUACUAUGUAGACAAAGUUGGCAAUUUUUUGUACCAAGGGAAUCAAUGAAUGAAGGAUUUCAUAUUUUCUUGGAAGUUUCUAUGAAGACUGGGUUGUACUGAAGCCAUUUCAUUUGCCCAUAGAAAAAUAGGGUGUAAAUACCAUACUGUGUUGUCUUAAUCAAACUUAAAGCUGAACAAGGGAAAAUAGUUAAAAUAGGUGCAAUAGUUACAGCAGAAUGUCCAGGUUUAUUUUAUGUCCAGCAUUUGAUUGUAAAACAAAAAACCACAGACUAUUUUUAAUGAAGCAGCAGAGAUGCUAGUACAAGUCUACAAUUCUAUUUACUUGUGUAUUGCAGCAUAACAGUUUACAGCAAGCCUUGAACAAUUUUAUUUAAACUUGUUUUCACAUACACAGGAGUGUCUCCUCAUCCUCAAGCUUAUGAAUGCAGAUGAGAUCAGUAAUGAAGCCUUACUGAAAAGUAAGAAAGAGUACAGAAAGAAUAGUAACCUGUAUACCUAUAAAUCCAUCUGGAUAUUAAUUCAAGCUGAUGGAACUUCACUGUGUGCUUAAGCACUUUACUUGGCUGGGAAAAAUCAUGUACAGAUUUUGUUGUAGCCAUGUUGUGUUUUGUUUUUCUUUUAAGUAUUCCCAUGGCCAAUAUGCUUUAUUCCUUUGUUUUGGGGACAAUGUUUUGAUCUGUGACUUGUUUAGUCAGAGAAAAGCAGUCUAGACUGAGCACAGUGCAAAUGAUUUGCUAUCUGUGAAGCCAGUGUCUGUGCGAGGUAGAUUAAUCAAGCAAAUUAAGCAAAACAAGCAAAUUUGGGUUUUUUGUUUGUUUGUUUUUUCUUUUUUUUUUUUUUUUGUUAUUUUUUGGGGGGUGGGGUAUUGAAUAUCAAAUAUAGGGUUUGUCUUAGAAAACUUUAAGGUUUAGGAAUUUUAAUAUUAUUUGAGAGGUGCUUGAUUCAGAAUAGUUCUUUUUAAGGAAGUUGUUUCUUUUGGCUGUACUGGUUCAUAAAGGUCUCACUGAAAAAUGAGAAGGUUGUGGAGAAGGUAUUGAAAAAAUGUGUAUAGCAAACUGUGUACAUCUUUACGCUUAAAAGAAAUAGUUAUAUUAAGCGAAACAAAAUGCUCAAGUAUAAGAGAUGAAUUUGUAUAAGUCUUUCUAAAAAGCUCAGAAGUAGAAAAAUGUUUUAGAGGUGUAUUUUUCAGAAAAGUCUACUUCAAAGUUGGGGGAGAAAAAAAGAAGAGUGGAUAGUGGAGUUUAUCAAUGAUUGUAACGAUCAUGUGCAUCAGGUAAGCAGGUCAAAAAACUGAAAGACAGUUUUUUCUGAAACCACUUCAGUUCUAAGUACUUAAUUUUUUAUAUGAAGAACUUGACUUUCACAUCUAAACACUUUUUUCAGUAGCUUUCUGCAAGGCUACCUGUUUGUGUGAUGAAAAUCGCAUGAAAACCAGCUGGGUGCUGUACUACAGUAGUGUGAAAUCUGGACAUCCUGUAUCACAGCAUCUGAUGAUGGUGUCUGUUCCAACAUGAUUAGAAGUUGGUUACAACUCAACUUGUUCAUUUUCAAAAAAUUAAUUAAUUAAGCUUUUUUAAAAAUUAAUUAAUUAAUUAAAGUUUUUACUUAAGAAUCUUUGCAAUGUUCUGAAAAUAGGAGUAGUGCAGGAAAUCCCUGCUCUGGUAUAGCAGCUUUGCAUACAUGUGGGAACAGAUCAUCAACUGGUAUAAACCUUUGAGUUCCAAGUUUAGAAUCAGUGGGUACUAGCUGAGAAUCAAAGCCUUUGCAGAUGCUUGUCUAUUGGAAAGUGCUUCACAGUCCUGUACGGCAAAUUAUAUGACAAUUAUUUCAAUGGUACCUGGUGGGUUGUUACAAUUAAAACAUUUAACAGCUGAGAAUAUGAUAUUAGAUUCUGAAUUCAGUUUACUUCUCAGCUAGGCAGUUAAAAUUUAAUUAACCUGCAAAUUUGUGUCUUCUAAUAUGACGUACUAGAUGCAAAUAGCUCACUGUCCUCUGUUGAGAGAGGCUUGUAACGGUAAUUUACGGGAGGAGACUGCUUUUCCACAGAACCUAUCCUGCUUCUACAAGCAAUUUUGAAAAGGAAACGCAUUGAGCUAGAUAUGCAAAAAAAAAAAAAAAAAAGGUUUGUGGCUGUACAGGGAGAGGCACGCUCCCUUGUCCUCGUGAGCUUCGAUUUUGCAUUGGAAAACAAUUUCCCUAUUUUGUCUUCCUACCUCACCUUUUUCAGUUCCUAUAUAGCUAAGAGUAGAGUCUGUUUCUUAAUUUAUUAUUCUUUUUCUUUGUCACUAUAAAUUAAAAUCAAAUCUUUACACGGAGAUUUCUUCUUGCGGAUUAUUUUCUACUUUUAGGAAUACUGUAGUCAUUGCCUGUACUGUCUGGAAUGUAAGAAAACUUUGGGGGGCUGUGAGGUUCUUUUCAACAGGCAGACAGUUAUCUAUUCUUGUUCUUUGCUCUUUUGUUAUUUAGUGAACAUUUACUGUAUCACUUUGAAGGGGGCUACUGAAAUGCUUGUCUUACAUUUAGUAUACUAGAAUGUUAGUUAUAUAUAUUAAAGGGAAUGUGUAUUUUUAAUGCUAUUGUCAUCAAUUAGUAAAUGCCCCAAAUUUAUUCUCUGCUGCAGGGUUCCCUCAGUUCAUUAUUAUUAUAUUUAAAUGUUACCAUCUAUUCUAUGUAUUUUUCUUUUUUCUUUGUGAUGAUCUCCUAGAGUGCUUGGCUGUAGAAAUGCUGCAACACAUACUCCUGCUCACAUCAUGAAACAUUUGGGCUGGAAACCCAGUAACAUUCAAGUAUUGUACUCUGUAAAUAAGAUCAAUAGAAGCUAUGCCACUGUAUUUAUUGUUCCACUAAGGAUGAAAUAGAAAAAAAAUGUGAAAAGUUAUUUUUUGGUUGUGCCUUAUUUUCAAUUCUUUCCUAUGUGUCAUCAUGCAUUUUAUUUGCAGAAAGAAAUAGUAUGUUUGCGUUCAAUAAAAUAUUACUUCAUUUAUAGAGA